AUGGCUCCCUCAGAGGAGUCCAUCCUAAGCAAUUUCUUGCUUUCUCCAGCUCCGCUGCCAAUAAUCAUGUCAUUGCAAAAGUUCACAGAGCUCUUUCCAAAGCGUUUGAGAUCUCAUCCGCACAUCAGGACAUUGUAUCGGGAGUUGCAGCAGGUCCGAGAACAGGACAUGGACCGAGUUAAUGAGAGCAUCGACAACGAGCUCAAGCAAGGUGAACUGCAGAGAGCAGAGCUCCGAAAAGCCAUCCUAGCCACUGGAGUCGAAGCCUCCAAUCCUGAAGAGCAGCGUGAGAUAGACAUGGAUGUUCAUCUGUUCGGCCAGCCACCUACUGCACCGGGAGAUUAUCACUCGGUGGCUAGUCUUCUGGCUGAAAUGGAGAGAGCUAGCGCUAAUAUUGAGCAUGAAAUUGAUGGGGUUGAUCAAGAGGCUGCGAAGAUUUUGGCUCAACUCAAUACGACUGUGGGUGAGAUGAGUGAUCUUCGUUACGGCAAAUUACAGGGUCCCGCUGGGACUGCGGAAGAUGUGGCUGGUGAGGCGAUCAAGGGCCUGCAGAACCUCGAAGAUGUAUGCUACAAGACUAGCACUUAG